GCGAAAGGGGAAAGAAAAAAAACGAAGACGACUGAGCCGCCUUCGCUCGGAGCGGAGCUCGCGCCAUGGACUCAUGGGCGCCAGCUGCAGCGAGGUGCACCGCGCCUGCGCUGAUCUGGCUGCCCCGAAGGCGAAGGCCACGAACGAGCGCGGCGCAGUGCCUGCGGGGGUGGCGCGGCGAAGCGUGCCCAGCGACUCCGAGAGCGAUGCGGAGAGCCAGGUGUCCCGGAGGCCGGACUUCGCCAACUUGCUGGGCCGCAGGGUGCGGCACUUCGAGGUCUCGGAGCCCGACCUCAGCCCCCAGGCGCAGCUCACGGAGGAUCUCAUGCGGGCAACGCGCGCGGGCGACUACGAUGCCAUGUUGGACGUCUUGGCCAAGGGCGCCGCGGUGAACAGCACCACGCAGCGGCGGCAGAGCCCGCUGAUGCUGGCGGCCGCCGCGCGCACGCCAGGUGCCAACGAAUGCAUGCAAUUGCUGCUGGAUGCUGCAGCUGAAUUAGAAGCGAAGGAUGUGCUGGGCUGGUCUGCGCUGCUCUAUGCUUGUCGCAACAACCGUAUGGGGCAGGUGGACAUGCUUCUGAAGGCGAGGGCGCAGCUGCAGAUCGCGGACCACGGCGGCCGCACCGCCGUGAUGUUGGCCACGCUGGAGGGCGGAAACCACCUGGUGCAAAUCCUUGCUGAGCAGCGAGCUCAGCUCACCAAGAAGGACCAACGGGGCUGGACGCCGCUCUUCCACGCCGCCAGCGAGGGCAACGUGGAUUUGGUGAAGUGGCUGCUGAGGAAACAUUGCUCCGCCCAGGAUGUGGACAAGGAUCGGCACACUGCACUCAUGGUGGCCUAUAACGCGCCGAACAACACCAAGGUGGCGCACCACUUGUUGAAGCGGGCGUGCAGUGUCAACGCGCAGAACGACGCUGGCGAUUCCGUUUUGAUGAUGGCGCUGCGCAACGACCAGACCCUGGAGUUUGCCCGAUGGCUGCAGAAUGAUCCCUUCUUGGACGUACUGCUGAAGAAUGCCGGGAAAGAGGAUGCCAUCGACAUCUGCGAGCAGCGGGGGUUGUAUGGUAUGCGGCUGAUGCUGGAGUCCAAAGCACGACUACAGGCGGAAGAGCAGGCAGACAAAGAGAAAGCAGCUUCUUCGCAGAUGGCCGCAGCCAUGGACGGCACGUAGCAA